AUGGCCACCUUCGAGACACAAUUAUUCAUCAAUAAUGAGUUCGUGGACGCAAAGUCCGGCGAGUUCCUGUCAGUGUAUAAUCCCGCAGAUGGCACUCUCGUAUCCGACAAGAUUCAUUCAGCAGGCGAGGCAGAUGUCGAUGCCGCCGUAGACGCCGCACAGAAAGCAUUCAAGAGUUCCUGGGGAAGGAUGGACCCGACUGAUCGAGCGAAAGCCAUGCUCAAGUUCGCCGACUUGAUCCGCGAAAAGUCAGACGAGCUGGGACUUUUAGAGACCCGGGCCAUGGGAUCUGCUGUCGCGAUGCAAAGCGGCGGUUACAAGCAGGGCGCCGACCUGUUCACGUACUACGCUGGCUUGGCCGACAAGAUCCUCGGCGAGGCCGCGUACCCGACUUCGACUGGCAGAUACAAGAUCAUUCAGAAAGAGCCGAUUGGCGUUUGUGCUGGCAUCGGCGCUUGGAAUGUCUCUGCCAUUCUUUUCGCUUGGAAAGCAGCUCCCGCGCUGGCUGCCGGAAAUACCUUCAUCUUCAAGCCAUCCGAAAAAGCCCCGCUUGGGUCUCUUGCCCUGGGGCCGCUCAUCAAGGAAUGCUUUCCUCCUGGCACUAUCAACAUCGUCAACGGUGGUGGGAAAACCGGUCAGCUACUGGCCUCGCACAUGGAGAUCCGUCAGAUCGGUUUCACAGGAAGUACGGCGACCGGACGCAAGAUCCAGGAAUACGCCGCGAAGAGCAAUUUGAAGCGUGUAUCUCUCGAGCUAGGCGGCAAAUCUCCAUCUGUCAUCUUCGAAGACGCCGACCUUGAACUUGCCGUUGCAAGAUCUCGGGAUGGUAUCCUCGCGAAUACCGGUCAAAUUUGCGCAAUGGCAUCACGCGUUUUCGUCCAAGAAAGCAUCGCCGACAACUUCAUCGACCUUCUAAAAACCUCCUUCGAGACCGUCAGCAAGAGCGGCGCUAUCGGUGACCCCACGGACAAGAACACCCAGGUCGGCCCCCUCGCGGAUAAAGCCCAAUUCGAUCGCGUCAUGGAGUUCUUCGAGGUCGGAAAGAAAGACGGAGAACUCGUGACCGGAGGCGUGCAACGGGGCAAUGUGGGCCUAUUCGUUGAACCUACAAUCUUCAAGAACACCCCAGGACAUUCGAGGAUUGUGAGAGAGGAAGUUUUCGGACCUGUCGUCACCGUGCAGACCUUCAAGACGGAAGAGGAUGCCAUCAAGCUGGCUAAUGAUACCGUCUUUGGAUUGUCGGCAUGCGUCUACACCAACAAUAUCAACCGAGCGCUCCGCGUAAGCAGGGAGAUCGAGGCCGGGACCGUUGCGAUUAAUGACUGGUAUUUCCCUGCUCCUGACACGCCUUUUGGCGGCGUAAAGCAGUCGGGCUACGGCAGAGAGGGUGGAUUGGAAGGUCUCAAUGAGUAUAUCCAAACCAAGACAAUUCAGAUCAGGUAA